GUUCAAAAACACUAUAGUAUUUACUAUAGUAUGGGUAGUACAUAUAAAAGUCAACACAUGUUCAAUGGAAAUGUUAAAUGUUUUCAUUUUCUAGUCAAAACGUUAAGGUGAUUUUAAAUUAAUCUUGAUAAAUAUAGGCUAUUUUAAUAAGAAAGGGUGUGACAACUAGCCCCGGUCUCCUCCACCAUGGUUCUGAAUGAUUUACACAUGCUAUUUGCAUACACGAUUUCAAAGCAUAGCUAUUAUAGUAAUACUUGAAGCAUGAAAAGCAUGAAAUCUUAAAAACAUCUCACUGGCUCUUUAAGUGCUCGCGUUGCGUUCUAGUGCGUCGCGUCCGCGUUCCUCCUGCGCAAAUCCCGGGAUGCUGGUUGCCAUGGUUUCCCGCAUCACAUGCGCGGCUUUCCUGUAGCCAGCAGCGCAAGAAGAAAAAAAAAAAUGCCAGCUCUUGAAAUCCCUGCCAUUUUUACGCCCGCAAAUUAGAGGACACGGUCGGACACGAGAGGAAACGGACGCAGAUGGUGGAAUAGUGAGAAAUCCGUCGCGUUCCCUCUGACGCGUUUGCGGGUCAUUCUUCUCAGCUGACGCGGCGAAACGGGACCGACUGUUGUACGCGCAAGAUCGGGCCGAAUUUUGCGCACAUUUCAUCGUCAGGAAAUGAGUAUAGAAAUCCCCGAGGGCUUGACGGAGCUUCUGCAGAGCUUUACCGUGGAGGUCCUGAGGAACCAGCCGGGGGAUCUGCUGGAGUUCGCCCUGCAGUACUUCACGCGCCUCAAGGAGAACGAGACCCGCGGCGGCGCGUUCGGCAAUGAGCACAAUUCAGCCGCGCGAGCGGGGAAAGCCGUCAACUUCAUCGAGGAGGCCAUGCAGAUCGACUCCGAAAACGGAGAGGAAGAUGACGACGAUGAAGAAUUCGUAGCUCCAGUUAUCAACAGAUUUGUCCGGAGAGCUUCUGUUUGUGCGGAGGCGUACAACCCUGAUGAGGAUGAAGAGGAGAGAGAACCCAGGGUCACUCACCCCAAAACAGACGAGCAGAGACAGAGACUACAGGAAGCCUGCAAAGACAUCCUGCUGUUCAAAAAUCUGGACCAGGAGCAGAUAUCCCAAGUCUUGGAUGCCAUGUUUGAGAAGGUAGUGGUGACAGGAGAGCACAUCAUUGAUCAAGAUGACGAUGGCGACAACUUCUACGUCAUUGAGAGGGGAAUGUUUGACAUCGUGCUGAAAGCGGAAGGCACCACGCGGACCGUGGGGUCUUAUGACAACCGUGGGAGUUUUGGAGAGCUGGCCCUCAUGUACAACACGCCAAGGGCCGCCACCAUCAUCGCUACCUCACCUGGAGCCCUGUGGUGCCUCGAUCGAUUGACAUUCAGAAGGAUCAUCGUAAAGAACAACGCAAAGAAAAGAAAAACGUAUGAGGCUUUCAUCGGGACCCUUCCACUGCUCAUGUCACUGGAGGUUUCAGAGAGAAUGAAGGUUGUCGAUGUCUUGUCGACCAAAGUGUACAAUAGUGGGGAACAGAUCAUUGCUCAGGGUGAUUUGGCAGACAGUUUCUACAUCGUAGAGUCAGGACACGUUAGGAUCACUAUGAAAAGGAGCAAGUCAAAAAACAAUACUGAAGACGAGGAGGUGGAAAUCGCCACGUGCUCUAGAGGGCAGUAUUUUGGAGAGUUGGCGCUUGUCACCAAUAAGCCACGGGCGGCUUCUGCGUAUGCCAUGGACAACGUCAAAUGCUUAGUAAUGGGUGUGCAGGCGUUCGAGAGGUUAUUAGGCCCCUGCAUGGACAUCAUGAAACGGAACAUUGCGAAUUACGAAGAGCAGCUGAUCACGCUCUUCGGGAGUCACAUCGCAAUAGAGGAGCCGGAUGCAUGAAAUCAGUUAAUCAAUAAACAUCGCAAACUUAAAAUGCAACAUGAAACGAUGAGAAAAUGAUGUGAAACUCCGGUGUGUAAUAAUGAUCAUGAUUUUUUAGAUGUGAAAAGCCAAAUGUGAGCAUUUUCCUCCAGGGUACAUGAGGGUUGUCCUCAUGCGUUAUUCGGUUUGGGGAUUUCGUACUGGUGUGUUUAUUCAAAUCUUUCUCAUUUUUUUUUUUUUAAACAUGAUUUGUGUUUCUUUCAUGUUACCGAGGCUGCAACUUUUACAAUGACGUCUACAUAAAGACCGCAUUGUUGCCAUAUACAGCACAGUGAUAUGUUAAUUUAUUCUUUUAAAGCUAUACUUCUGCAUUUUGAAAUCUACAGGUUGUCAAUGUUUUCAGUGUUAUGUAAGUCAUUUUUACUCUAAGCCUUUUUUGACUAAACAAACAAGGAUUUAUGAAUUCAGCACCUGAGCUCUGUCCACUUGCUUCAUGAACCUGUUACAGAGAAAGAAAACAAUUAUGGACUGUUCACGCCAAGAAAACACAUCUAACGAGUCUAAAGUGCCCCUAUUAUGCUUUUUCAAAUAUUACCUUUCAUGCAGUGUGUAAUAUAGCUGUUUGUGAAUUUAAAAGGUCUGCACAGUUUUAAAGAUCGAAGUAAUAAAUGUAUCGAAAUAAUCAAUUCUGAACUGCUGAAAUGAGUCGUCAGCAAUUUCUCAUUUUCUGCUACAUACCUGCGUAACAAUGUAACAAAUUUGCAAACGACGUCUACUUUGCCCCGCCCUCAAACACUGCAGUUGUAGCUGAGGCCUGAAAGAGUUUGGUUUCGUGUUGUCAACAUGUCGAGAAGACGCUGUUUUCUGCACUGCGAAUCCACUUUCCAUGCACUUCAAAAGCAUGAGGAAUUGGAAUUGAUAUGGAAUUGAUACGGAAAAACAACGCCAUUGUUACUGUUGUAUCAAGGAAGCCGCUGGAGCUGAAAUUUUGAUAUGGUAAUAGGCGUUUUGUUUCCGACACACACUGUGAGAAGUUGGACAAUCACAACAGACUGGGCCGUGGCACGAGGCUCGUGGAAAGGAGGGGUUUAGAGAGACUGAAUCUUCAAAACUAACCAUUUCAGACUCUUUGAGAAAUGAAGUGAUGUGCAGUGUAUAUUAUGAGAGUGUUUUUUGACCUUGGAUGCAUGUAAACCUGUUGUAGGUUAAAAUUUAAAGGGUUGCCCCUUUUAAUUUAAGUCUCUGGUGUCUCCAGAAUGUGUCUAUGAAGUUUCAGCUCAAAAUCCCCCACAGAUCAUUUAUUAUAGCUUGUCAAAUUUGCCCCUAUUUGGGUGUGAGCAAAAACACGCCGUUUUUGUGU